AUGUCAAAUACACUCAUUAGUAAACGGGCUGAGUCUAUGGAGACCAUUCAAUCACAAGUAACUUCGGCUCUGGCACAUUUUCAUUCAUCAACAAGUGAGGCAUUCAUUCUGAUGCUGGAUUACGUUAAAGACAUAACGAAGGGCAACCGAAUAAUCUCAUCGAUACUAUCAAAUUGGUAUCUUGAUGACUACACAGCAGACUUUAACAUAGACCUUAUAGAACUCACCAUAUCAUCACGUUCAUAUGCAAAUGGUACCUGCAUUUGUGGUCGUAGCUCAAAAUGUUUAUCACCAUUAGUUAUUGACGGAUGGUUAGUGCCUGGACUUCGAGUGGGAUGUGAUCCAAUGGAAUCUCUUCUACAAUCCACUCUCGAAUGUCUCUAUAAUGCAACAUGCAUCGACAAGAUCAAGCCCCAUGAUACUACAUCAAAUAUAAUGUUUCGUGCUCUUGAUGCUACACUAUCAUCUUCCGAUGCCAUCGUUCAGUCUCUGGUGGAUGUACUUAUGGUUGAUCAAUGGGAAACAAAUGUCAUUUAUGAGCAUUACUAUAGAGCAUGUGCUCCUCUCUAUUGUAUCUAUUCACUCGAAAUACGAUUUGACAAAGUAUAUGUUUUCACAACCAUUAUGGGUCUCUCCGGAGGGUUGACAGUUGCACUUAAAUUAAUCAUUCCACUUGCAGUCAAAUUUUGGCAGCAUAUUCAAAUCUAUCGUCGAAGACUUGUUCGACCGAUGAUCAAUGUAAUUGCAUAA